AUAGUGAGGCUGGAUGUGUGCGUGCCAGGAUCCUGCUUCUGCUGCUGGAGCUGAGACAUGAUAGAGACGGGGUUUGCUUAGGUACAGUCAGAGAAGUUACCAGAGUUGGACAGGUGAAGGUCGGGGGAUGGGGACGUUACCGACGGACGUUAAGAGACUUUUGAACGACUGUGAACUGUUUAUAUCAGAGAUCCUUCAAAAUGAGGAGCUCAGUGAAACCGCCCAAGAGACGCGGAAGGUGCUGCUGAACAACUUUACGGUCGUCCAUGUGAGGAACCUUCAGGAAUUCCCCUUCCCAUCGGACGCCAGGGAGGACGACGGCUCUGAUGACAACCGCAGCUCCAGCCUGGGUCGCUCGCUCCCGUCGGACGACGCCUCGGACUUCCAGGACGACGCCGGCCCUGACAACUUCAGUGACAUCCCUCCUGUGGCGGCUCAGGACCUCAGCAACAUCCUGAAACAAGGCUACAUGGAGAAGAAACGAAGAGAUCACAGCUUCUUCGGCUCCGAGUGGCAGAAGAGAUGGUGCGUCCUGAACAACUCCAUAUUCUACUACUUUCGCGGUGAAAAAGACAAACAGCAGAACGGCUGCUUCUACAUCAGCGGCUACAAUGUGCAGCUGGUGCCCAACCUGAGAAAAGACUCCAGGAAAAACUGCUGCUUCGAACUCGUGGCUCCUGGACGACGAGCGUUUCAGUUCACGGCCAGCAGCCCCCAGGAGGCCAGAGAGUGGGUCGACCAGAUCAACUUCGUCCUGAGAGAUCUCAGCUCCAACUUCAUCCCCUUCGACGAUGAGGAGGAGGAGGAGGAGGAGGACGAAGAGACCUAUGAUGACAUCGAUGGGCUGCCCCCCCUCCCCCCCCCACUGGGGCCCGGUGCCGCCCAGGCCUCUCGGAACGCCACGCCGGGCGCCGGGCGGGAGGCGGCGGAGGCUGGUGAAGAGGACGAGGAUAUCUACGAGGUGCUGCCAGAAGAGGAUUUUCCGGAUCCAGAUGAGAGCAGCGACAACCUCAGCAAGAAAGCUUGGUCAUCAGAUUACGCUAACUACUACCAGUGUCUGUGGGACUGUGAGGCGGACGAGCCCGAUGAGCUGGCCUUCCAGAGAGGAGACCUCAUCUACGUGGUUAGCAAGGAGUACAACAUUCACGGCUGGUGGGUCGGCGAGCUGAACGGCGCCCUGGGUAUCGUCCCCAAGGACUUCCUGCACCCUGCCUACAUCCUGUGAGCGGCGACAGAGCUGCUGCUGCUGACAGGCCUCCGGAUCAGCUCAUGAAAGUUCAAUAUUCUCUCUGAUACAGAAUGUAAAUUAUUAUUCUCUUGCAUACAAAUUAAAAUCUCUUUGUCAAUCU